UGCCGGAUAUUUGCUCAAGAAGCGAGUUACAUAUAAACAGCAAUGGGCAAGUUCCUGUUCCGAUAUUCAGAUUGUCUUCAGAAAAAAAGUCGGUGUUGUUCAACUGGGUAGCAUCAGAAGUGAAAUUCCCCGAUGGGUAUGUUUCAAAUCUGUCUAGAUGCGUUGAAAAGGGUCAAAAGUUCUCCGGGAUGAAGAGUCAUGACUGUCAUGUCUUUAUGCAACGACUACUUCCCUUUGCUUUUGCGGAGCUACUUCCUACAAACGUACAUGAAGCACUUGCAGGCAUUGGAGCAUUUUUCAGGGAUCUGAGCACCCGCACCCUUAAAGUAGAAGUCGUGGAACAGCUUCAAGAGAACAUUCUCAUCUUAUUGUGCAACUUGGAGAAGAUAUUUCCUCCUGGGUUUUUUGACGUAAUGGAGCAUCUAGCUAUCCACCUUCUAUAUGAGGCAUUGCUUCGUGGACCUGUACAUUACGGAUGGAUAUAUCAGUAUGAGCGAGCCAUGAAAUAUUUGAAGGGAAAAGCGAAGAACCUUGCAAAGGUUGAAGAAUCUAUAAUUGCUGGAAGUUUGACGGAAGAAACUUCUCACUUCACAUCGUACUACUUUGCGUCAAAAGUACGUACUCGGAAAAGAGCUCCAAGGAGAUAUGAUGAUGGUGGUGUCGCGCCAACAUACGCAGUUGCUGGUGUUCCAGACAUCUUUAGCCAGAUUGGGCGACUGGGUGGGAAAUCAAAAGAGGUUUGGUGGUCGAGUGAAGAAGACGCUCAUAGUGCACACACCUAUAUUCUACUCAAUUGUGAGGAUCCAUUGAUUCGUUAUUUUGAAAGCCUAUUUGUUUCACAAGUCGAAGAAACAUUCCCUGGUAUAUCCACAACUGACGUAGACAAAAGGAAAGAUCAACACUUUAUAAAGUGGUUGAUGAGUCAGGUAUUAACUUAA